UGGAGAUGCAGCACCUGUGACCCCGUAGUGUUGGAGAUCAAUUCCUCUCUGCAAUCCUGAACCAGACAUCACCUUGAAUAUCUAAGCUUGAUAUCAAAACGUGGUUGAACGACGGGUCAUACAAUAAGCUGCUGGUGCAGUGAACUAAAAAUUGGAAUCCUGGAUUUCAUACAAUACGCGAAAGCGGCAACAAGCCAGAUAUUCAAAGGAAUAUUGGGACGCUCCGCUAAAGAAGAUUUUGAUGUAGAACAGCUGAAGCAGCUGAAGCGUUUGCCUGAAAUGCAAAGAAUUAGAGACUCGGAGAGGGACUGGAUCACAAGAAAUAUGGGGCCUUUGCGGGAGAAGGCAAUAAGAAAUGGAAUAGACUUCUACGGGGAUGAUGACAAGAUGCCCAAAGAUAUGAGAGAAUACUGGGGCCGCCUAUAUGCCUGCCUGUCGAUAAAUGCCAAAGUGCGACGGCUGCAAGCCCUGCAAGCAGAGCAGAGCAACGCUGCAUACUCCAGCGAAUUGCCCAAGGAGUCCAGGAAAGGGAAAUGAAUAUUUUCCGCCACAUCAUGGCCAGGGGGAGCUGGUUUUCAGAGAGCUGGAUUACCUCCAUGGCAGGAUAUUGUGCAUCUUUUUUAUUUCGGAGCUGCUGCUACCUGAACAGAGGAAGCCACCAAAGCAGUUGGCCUGGGCAUUCUCCUUCUCAACAGAGCGGUUGCAGCAUAGGGCAGUACGCUGAUUCAAGGAGCACAACAAUCGUUGCAAUACCACGCAGGGGAGUGAUAGUCCCUUUUCAAAGACCACUGGUGAUAGGAGAACAUGCUUGUCUACUGCUUGAGGCCCAGUGAGUCUCUAUGGCAAGCAUAUGUUCCAUUUAACCCAAGACAGAAUGCAACACGCUCUUAAUCAUGUACACAUAAUCAAGCGUAAUUAGGGAUUGCCUUGGCAGCCAAUUGCAAAUCUGGUUGAUCACUUGCCAUUUGUGGCCUGGGCCGACUUCGGGAAGAUGGCGCUAUGCCAAGUUUGUUGCACACGACAGGCCCACUUUGAUGAAUGAAGCAUUUGGUUGCCAAGUGUUGAUAACAUUUUUGCUUUAAUUUCAUGUUUCCAUUUUUGCAGUCACCAGUGUGGACCACAAGAACCCCUUGAUAUUGUCUUGGAGUGCCUCUCAGAAUAAUGCGGCCCCGGGCAAUAUUCGGUAGUGACGAUUUCCGGCGCUGGGCCUCAUCACUGGGAGCGCUGCGCUAGAAAGCAGAACUCAGGCAGAGAGCGUAGAUGUAUAUAGUGGCAAUGUUGCCUUGUAAAAAUGGCUUUGGGCGUGGGGAUUUCCUGUUCAGGUGAUUGCCUGCGUGCUAUCUUGGGUCAGCCUUUCCUGGUCUUUGCGCCCCUUUUUACAGGGACAUUUUGCUUACUGUUCGGUGAAUGCUUUUUAUACAUGAAGUGCUGGUGAACAUCUUCUAGAGACUUGUUGAUCAAGGUUUGUUGACCAUGGCGUUGUUGUGUGUUUUGUGAGCACUCUGUGGGCUUCUUAGUUUGUGCUGUGUUUUCGCUCUUCUGACUGCCUUCGGAGCCAAUUAGAAGGGCAUGGUCUUCGGGGUUUCCAUAUGCCAUUUUCUGGCAUUCAGGAUGGGGGUUUUUUUCAAAGGAUGUGCAGCUACAAUCCCCCUCAGAGACAGCUGGACUUAUUGCUAUCUGACUGAGCUUGCAGAUGUGCCCCCUUGAGGGCCUUGUGGGAGUGGUAAAAAGUGAGCAUGCAUAAUUGGUCCUGCAACGAUUUGUGUGUAGAAAAUUCCACCUGAUGUGACGUCACCCUAAGCAAAGGACGGAACCGUAAAUGUAAUGUGCGG